UAAACAGAGCGUUGCGUCAUUGUUAUUGUGCUUGUUAGAUUCUCGGACAGACACAUAUAUCUACACGAUUUGGGACCUCAAACGCGCGGAGUAUCCAAAAUUACACCAGCGCCAUGUCUCACCAGAAGAAUAAUUCGUCAGACGAGAGUUUGCAAGGUUCCUGGGUUGAACUGCAUUUCAGCAGCAACAACUCUUCACGUACAAGUCAUCAUGGGAGUCAGGAGCUGAUCCCCACCUCCAGCCAGGAGGCUGACUUGGAGAAAAUGCUGCUGGAUGCACAGCAUGAGUCGGGCAGGAGCAGCUCCAAAGGGAGCUCUCAGUGCAACAGUCCACUCAGAGCACAGACUCCCCUUCUCCAGUGGCGAAGCGCUGAAGGAAACAGCUCGCAGUCCGAUGAAGACUUCCAAGAAAGAAGACGGGAAGUAGAGAACCUGAUGAAAAAAAAUGCUGACUGGAUGUGGGACUGGUCAAGUCGACCUGAGAACAAUCCACCAAAGAAGUACCCUAAGCGCUCACACUCUCUGAGCAUUAGGAACACCAGCGUGAUGAAGAACGGAGGCAUUCUGUCUGCCGACUUUCUGAAGCUUUUUCUUCCCUCAUUAAUCAUCUCUCACAUUCUUGCUGUUGGCCUGGGGAUAUACAUAGGGAAGCGCCUCACUUCUCACAACACCUACUAAAUACAGUACUGGUCCAUUCAAACACCUUGUCACCUUGAUAUUAGCAUGCCUUAAAACGGGACCUUUGGAAGAUCAAGGGAAGAAGUCACCUGUGUGAGUGAAUGGUUCAAAGCAUCACUUUGCAAAAAGGAAAAAUGGGCUUGGAGGACAAAGGAUAUGGCAUCCACACCUCAUCACAUACACCAUCAACCAAUCCUCUGCUUCUCAAUCUCUGGUGGGGUUAGAACCUAACCGUUCUGCUGUCUCCUGCUCCCCCUGUCUGCACAUCAAGGAAGUGAAAUAUAUCCUAUACCACUGCCUUUCUGCAAUAGAAAUUUACUUGAAAGUUGAAACGUUUCAAUUCUGUUUUGAGCAGAUCAGAAUUUUUUUUUUUUUUACCUGCAAAUGGUUUUUAUUAUAUCCUAGGGAUCAUUAAGUAUUAAAAGGCUUUGAUUAUUGAUUGUUAAUCUGUGCAAUUGUAAAGCGUAUACAACAGCAUUGUGAGCUUGUUUGUCCCAAAUGUGGUCCAUCUUACAUUAAAUAAAAGCUGAAGAUAC